ACACGUACACCUGCACUGUAAAUAUCGACUGCCGUCGCGUGAGAGCGGAGUCGUGCGUGCUAGGUGCACCUGUGCCACCAUGGAAACCACUCAAUGCCAGCUCGGAGGCUUGCAAGGGGAUGACCAUUGACACCAGUCCUUCUGUUUCCGACAGGCCGUGUCUUUCCUAGUCACCGAUACACAGACUGGAAACACACUACUGUUAUGAUCUGUCAGUCUACACACCUUUCGACAAUGGAGAGAGAGUGACAGUGAGAGAUCAUAAAAGUUCACCCGCAUAGCUGGUAACAGGCUACACGAAGUCGACACGUCUACACUACCGUAGUCUGUAGUCGCCGUUAGAUGCGGUUGAACGAAGUGGGCCGACAGGUCUCGUUCCCCUGAAACUGAAUACCGAGCAACUAAAACAAACGUCAGAGGUUGGUUCACCGGCGUUCUGGGUGGGCAAGCAGACUGAACCAUUCCCCAAUUGUUCAGGAUUUGUGAUCGUUGUAUUGACGAGAGUUGCAGUGAAAGAAUGUCCAACGCUUCCGGUGAGUCGUACGAUGACCACACCAGGCCCCAUCGCCACAUCACCCCCGGGCAGUUGACCUUCUUUCUGGGGUGGGCUUUCUCUCUCUUCUGCUGGCUACUGUCGCUGGCGGCCAGACGAAGGGCAGUGCAGGCAGAUGAAGGAGAAGAUCAAGAAGGACGUACUAUCAUCGACAUUGCUGACUCGAACUGUAACCACAACGCUGACGACGAACUCAAGGACAAGCGUCCCAACGAAGAAAUCAGUGAUGAUGGCGCGGUCAAGACAGUCCAGAAAAUGGCGUCCUCUGCUGGCGUUCCCGCCAUCCCCAGCGUGGACCAAAUAUUGAAGAGCUGCGUGGUGUUUGGUGCCAUCAUGUUUUAUUUCUUCUUGUGUGAUUACAUAAAGAUUUUUCCCAUCCAGGAGCGACAAUACAGUCGAGAUGUCCUUCUCUUCCUGCUGUUCCUACUGUUUCUGACCGCCUCUGUCUUCACCUUGUCGUCCUCCUCCGACAAAAUUCUCAACAGAGAUCAGACAGAAGAGUGGAAAGGCUGGAUGCAGGUGAUGUUUGUGUGGUACCACUACUUCGCUGCCAAGGAGUGGUACAACUGGAUCAGGGUCUACAUUGCCUGCUAUGUUUGGAUGACGGGCUUUGGAAACUUCUCAUUCUUCUGGGUCAGAGGAGACUAUUCUUUGUGGCGCAUUCUGAAGAUGUUGUUUCGUAUGAAUUUCCUGGUCAUUUCCGUGGUCAUAGUGACAUCAAAUGAAUACAUGUUGUAUUACAUUUGUGCCAUGCACACUUACUGGUUCCUCAGUGUCUAUAUAUUCAUGAGGACCCUCAAAGGAUGGAACACCCACAGAUGGAAGAUGGCCAUAAAAUUUUUUGCUUAUUUUAUAUGCAAUGCCCUGAUUUUUGAAAUUCCAGGUAACUGUUCUUCCCUGUUUCGCCCCCUUAAGAUUGUGUUUCAGUUCCAUGACAAAAGUCCCGAUAUAAUGCAUGAAUGGGAAUUUCGAGCCGGGCUAGACCGUUGGGCAUGUUUCUUGGGGAUGCUUUGUGCUUAUAACUAUCCACAUUUUGAGGCAUUAAUGAAGUAUUUAGAAAACGACUCUGGGGGGUCAGUAAGUGAAAACAGAAAAAAGUUGCUUAAGAGUGUUUUGAUUGGUGCUGCUGUGUCAGCAGGUAUCCUAUGGUACCUGUUGGCGAUGAGAAAAGAAAAGUAUGACUACAACAAAACCCACUGCUACUCAUCUCUUGUCGCUAUACUUGUAUACAUUGUGCUCAGAAACUGUCUUCCUGUUUUGCGUCGCAACCAUCUCGCGUUAUUUGGACACCUGGGAAGGAUAACGCUUGAAACAUACCUGUCUCAGCUGCAUGUCUACCUGCAGUCAAAUGCAAAGCAUCUAAUUCAAUAUAUUCCAGGGUACCCGUUGCUAAAUUUUGCAUUAGCAACUAUUAUAUACCUGAUCAUUUCACAAACACUCUUCCAGUUGACUCUUGCUUUUAGUGCUUUCUUCAUACGCAAGGACUGGAAAACUGGAGCCAAAAUGGCCGGUGUGGCAGGGGCUGUAUUCAGUGUGUCAGCUGGCCUGACUUUUGCUUUUCAGUUGAUAGGGAGCAUCAUCAAUUCUUAACAUAUAUAUAUAUAUAUAUAUUAUUAAAGUUUAUAUAGAACUUUGCACCACCAUCAAAGGACAGGCUUAAAGAGCUUUACACAAAAGAAAGAAAGAAAAAUACACAGACAUUAAUAAUGAACUUUGCUCUAAAACAAUAAGCAAUGUGGCCACUCAUGUUAAAUAACGCCAUCAAUACAUAUGCGGUCUGUAUCCUUUCCAUUGCAUGAAAUCUUCAGUAAGUCAAUAAAGUUCUGCUUUUAAAAUGUA